AUAGCAACACUCUGCGUGCGGCAAAGCAUUCAAUUUUUUGAGCGGGCGAAGCGUGAAAAAAAGAGUAAAAAUAAUUCUUGUAUUUUAAAAUAAUUUUAAACUAAGCGUGCGUAAUUUGUGAUUUUGGCAAAUUUUAACAGUAGAAAUUUUGAGUGCGAGCAAUUUAAUAUAAGUAAAAUCUAUAACUAACGGAAAAUGCAAAAUAAAAGUCAUUGAAAGUAAAUUAAUAAGUGUACCGCAUUAGCUGUCAAGCGCAAAAUAAAUAUAAAUUUUACGUAAGCGCAAAACAGUGUCAACUUUUAUUUGAAAAUUUUUAUUAAAUCAUUAAAAAAAAUAUAUUAAAAAAAUUUUAUACGAAAAUUCAAAAAAAUACAGUGAUGAGCCAAAAAGUGCAAUAAUAGUUUCAUUGACAGUAAAUGCAACAAAAAUUUUAAAAUAAAAAAUAAAUAUUUUCUAACACAACAAAAAAAUAUAAAUUACAAAUAAAAAUACAAUUUUUUUUUUCAAAAACAAAAAAAUUAUAUUUUUCGCUCAGCGUGUUGUCGGUGGCUCAGCGCUCAUAUGUUUUUGCGGCAAACUAAAAACCUACAUGCAACCUCUGUUUCAAGCAGGAAACAUACAUAUACAUAUACUAAAUGUAUUAGUACAUUAACUUAUCCGACCAACAACAACUGCAAAAACAAAGAAAUCUAUUGAAACAGCGCCGGGCGCAGCCGAAAAUCCAACGGCCUCUUGCAGGCUGCCUACUUAAAUACACACACAUGCAUAUACACGAACGCUGAGACACUCAACGCUACAAACCUGCAGAGCUUGACGGGCACAGUUCACUAGCAUACUACGGGCACAUAUCGAACGCCGGCGGCAUAAAGCGAACUAAGGCGAAGGCGACGACGACGUCGUUGACAAUAAAAACAGCAGCAACAACAUAAAGCCAAUAGCUAGCCAAGCAGCUAAACUGAUAGAUCGAUCGACGCAACGACCGAUAGGCAGUCAGUCAACCACGCAGCAGGUACCCUAACGUAUACGUAUGUGUAUACAAACAACUGUGCACUCGUCUGCAUAUGUGUGUGCGCCGUGGUAACAUAAGAUUUGUCGGCUCUACCUACAUACCUACUACCUACUGCAACUAUCGUAGCGAUCGUAGCGCCCAAAAACCAACUGAUCGCUGCACAAAAGUAAAUAUCGGCGUCUGCGGCUACAAAGCCAAUAACAACAGACGGCAAGUGUAAGAAAUAGCAACAAUUUACGAAGGCGCAUGCACGCACAGUUCAUCCAAUUUGAGUUGUGAGGCGAUCGGUCGCCAAUAUUUGUACUUUGUUGUCGAGAGAGUUCGUUGGAACAUGAUCCUGGCGAAAGAAAAGUGAACUACUAGAGCAAAUGUAUUGCGAGCCGAGAGUGAAACUAUAAAUUUUAGUGAAAUAUUGUCAAUUGGUGCGAAAAAGUGCGAAUUUGUUUUUCAUAGAAGUGAAAUUAUUGUGUUUUUUGGCAAAUAACGGUGUAACCUAUGUACAAACAUACAUAAACAAAAGCUUUAAUUAUGGUGCACGAUCGCGUUCAAAACUAAAAAUCUAACCAAAACUAAAAAGUGAUCGAUACGAAAGAUCGUUAAAGUCGUAAAAAGAACGAUCUCAUACAGUGAUUUGUGAUUCUUUUAGCCGAGCUAAAGUCAAUAAGAUUUUUAUAAAAUAAAUUCAAUAUACAUAUAUAUAUAUAUGUAAAUAGAAAAAGGUGCUUAGUGAUAGUUAAAAAAGAAGCUUUAAUAAAUAAAAAAAGCUUUAAAACUUUUUUAAAGUAUUUUAAAAUUCUUAAAAAUUUUGGUGCGGAAUAAGUGGUUAUAAACCUUGAUAUUUUGCUCGAGAAAUGAGUGUUUUUAACUAAAAAGUAAAAGAAAAUUAAUGGUAGUUUCUUAAUAAAAGUGCCGAAAAAUUCUGAGAAAAACCCAUAAUAUUAAAAUAAAAUCACUGUGUAGUUAAAAAGUGCCUAAUAGUUUAUUGAACUAUUCAAGUUCCAUGUGUAGAACUUUCUCAGGAUCAUAUUGGUGCAGUUAAAAAGUGGAAGAUUUGAUAAAAAAAUAUCAGUUUGCGAUCUCAUAUAGUAUAUUCGAAUAGUGAUCUUAUAAAUUUUGAGCACGAAAAGUUGUUAAAGUGAGUUAAUUUUCUUACAAAAAAUUUCGCCACAAAAAUUCACAUCAAUCAACAAGCUGUUGGAUUUAUAUCCACUUAACUCGUUUAGCUUCGUUCUGCUCGCAUAUUUCCAUUGCUGAAAAACGAGUGACCGCUUAACUCUGGUAAUUUUAGCCAACUAGAUAUGCCUGCACAAUAUGGAACUUGCGAUUUGUAAAACAGAGUUGCCAACUACCAGAUUUAUGCUACCAACUGCAACGGCCUCCUUCUAUCAGAAGAAUAACGCUCACUUCAGUGAGAUACUUAAUUUCAACACCAAUUACCUAUUCAAUAAAAAUAAUACAAACAACAACAAUAGUAAUAGUAAUCAAAAUAACAACAGCAACAAUCACAAUAAUAGUGCCAGUGUAAGUGCUAGUGCAAUUAUAAAUAAUAAUAAUAAUCAAAAUAUUAGUGCUAACAAUAACAACAAUCACAACACCAAUUCGAUUUUGUGCAACAACGGUAAUACUAGCAACAACGCCAGCGGCAGCAUGCGUCUGAAAAAGAAUCGGCGAGUGACUUUCCUAAAGAAUCUAAUCGAGACAAAUAUCCGCAUUAAAGAAGAGCCGGAUGAUGGCACCAAAGACAUACCACCGCCAAUGUGCAGUUUAUCGGAUAUGUCCGAUCAUGAAGCGUCAAUCGGUAAGCGCCGACAGAUUGCUUGAAUAAUUCCCGAAAAACUAUCAUAAAUCUAAUCGAAUGCUGAAAUCUAUAAAAUGAGAGGCUUCCUUAUAAUAAGUGAUUUUUUUAAACGUCAGAGGGCUUUCUCAACUAGAAGUAAUAGUUUUUGUUCAAAGUUAUUCGACUUUGAGUUUCCAAGCUGAGACUAUACAAUAGCUGUGCCGCCAAUACUUAUGUAGGCGGGACCGGAGCUUAAUAUAUAAUCUACAUCAUCUUGUCAAACAGCGAUUACUGUUAUAUUAAGUUUUUGCUAUACGAUACCCACCUACUGCCAUCCACCGAGAAGUUGUAGCGUUAUAAAUAUUCUUAACCUCAACAGUGGAGGCGUUUCAAAUAAGAAUAACCUCUGAAGCAUUUAGCGGAAGACUACCAUUAUAGCAGAUAUUGCUUUGGUGCUGACUUUUUUUACUGAUUUUGAACUUGUUUUCUCUAGUUAUAGAACCUGGGAUAUUAGAGACUUGAGAGAUAAAACUUUUGGGUAUUUUUCUGACAUGAAGAAUUGUGUAAUGCAAUAUGAGGAGGUAUGAAAUUGAAGAAGAUAACUACCAAGCCUAAAUACGGCACUAACGGAUUGGACCGAAUUCGUGACUUUAUCUGUGAAAUUCCAGACUCCUUGAGUAUAUUAGUGUUAUAAAGAGGGUGCAUUAGAUUCAAUUUGAAUCCAGAAUUAAGUUAAAGGUGAAAGGCUUGUAAAAAUAUCUAUUUAAUAGAGGGAUAUAUAGCUUCUACGUGUACUAACUUUUCCGAAAGUAAAAAUUUUGAAGUAUAAGCAACUUUAAUGAGUGACUUAUUUUGAGUGGGAUGCCUAUUCUUACUUAUCCUUUCAUAAAAACUCCUCUAGGCUUGUUAUAGAAUCUAAUUGGAUACAAACCUUUGUCCCCGUAAAUAUUUACAUGAAUGCUUUAUAGUUUCGAAAUGAUCUCUGUCUAAUCAGUGUAAGUCUUAUAUGAGAUCCGAAUGGUCAGCCUGAGUACUUCUUCGAUAGAUGCAAAGAGAUCUCUUUCGUAUAAUGCAAUAUGGAGAAAAUGAAGACAUCUUCAUAACCCAGACAGCGCAAUUAAAAUUGACUGCGAAAUACUCUAUGUCGGUGUCUCCUUUUCUAUCUUCGUUGUCAUUCCACUAACGUAAAUAAUCCUUUUUUCAUAUGCACUACAUUACAAUUCCACUUGUAACCGCAAUGUAAUUGUUUGAUUGAAGUUGUUGCAUGGCAGCAACGGCACUUGCCACAAAUACACACAUGCAACGCAUGCAAAUUUGCUCAGCUUCACACAGAUGUUGUAUGUAUGCACAUAUAUAUGUAUGUGGAGGCAUAAAAGUGAACGACUUUAGCGACCACUUGCCAUCAGUUAGCUGAGAGUCAUAAAAAUCACUUCGAAUGAUCAGAUUUGAGGAGAACAGCUGGAGCUUGUGGCAGCAGCUGUAGCUCAGUGCCGAGCAAAGCAGGCGAUCGCGUGAAGUUCGACCAGGAGGCAAAGCAAUAACACUCGCAUAUCAAUAUAUACAUACUUGUUUGUAUGUGUAUAUGUAUUGGCGCAUAAAAAGCGAGCAAAAAUUGCUCUAAAAAUCAUAAGGAAAUGUGAAAAUUUAAUGGCACAGCAAGCUUAGCAAUGACGACAACAAGCGGCGUGCAUGAAAUGAAGGCAAAAAAGAUUGAACAACAGCAAAUCAGCUUUAAGAGUUGACACAUACAUGUAUACCUACAUACAUGGGUCUAACUAUAUCAGUUUGUGUGUGAAUUUUCACUUAUAAUGUCUUUAUAAGAUUUUAUGGGCGUGAGUGUAAAUUAACUGGCACACACAUGUUUAGGAGUAUGUACAUAUGUGUGUAUUUACUAUUGGAGCUUAUUAUAUUUUUUAACGGUUAUCCGCAACAGGUGCUACAUGUAGAAGGACUUUUGAAAUUGCAUGUAUGCAUGUAUGUGAGUGUGUUCGUAUAUUGCAAAUGCUGUUUCAUCAGCCAUCAUUAGUCCCCUAUCGCUAAUGAGUCAAUACUUACGAUGUUGCUUGAGGUUAUCUGGAGUACCUGGCAAAAGUUUAGAAAAAGUAUACUACCAAGGAGUACAUACUUAAGUAUGCUGAAAAUGCACAGAAUGGCAGCAAUUUUAAGUAAAAAAUGUUGCUAAAGUAUCAGAAUAUUCAAGUAUAUUACAAAUGUGUUCAUCUCUAACAAUCGGUAUCAAUGUCAGCAAAUACCAAUAUAAGAACGAAUACUGAAAUUGUGGGCUAUAAUGUCCAACGCCAGUUGUUUUUGCAAAAGAGCAGUAAUAAUGCCAUUACCAAUACCAAUAUUAGAACCAAUACAAAAUAUUGCUGAUGACACCAGCAUCAAUUACGUUGUCAUUACCAUUAUUAAAAUCAUUACCAUUACUAAAGCUUGUAGCAUUACUAAAACCGUUACUAUUACCAUUACUGUAUACAUUACUAUUACUGUAACCACAAUCUUUACUAAUAUCCAAUACUAGUAUCAAUAAUAAUAUUAGUUCAAUAGAUCAUUACCAAUAACGUUUUCAUUACCAAAUUUAGUCAUUAC